AUGGCUAGUAGCGAAAGAUCGGGGUUGAAUGGCCGCGGGACGCAUUCCCCUACCACCAAUGGUGCCGCCAAUGGUGCUCACCACCAUGACCGCAAGGUCGAACUUGCCGUAGCAGCCCGGGAUGCUGUCGACUCGGCUUCCAAGAUGCCUACGCCGCCACCGGAACUUGUCGACGUUCCUGCCGAUGCGGAGGCCACCAUUCACUCUUCCGACAGGACGAUCGCCACGACCGUGGUCCCCUUCCCUUCACCGCCCACGGUUCCUGCCUCUGCACCACCUGUCCCGACAGCCUCAGCCCUGCCGACCAUUCAUGCUGGGAAUUCGGACGAAGACACCUCCUCCGACUCCAUCUCCUCUGGCGGAGCGCUCGAGGUUACAAGGCCCAGAAAGUCGCAUACAGUGUCUGAGCCUGUGUCGGCAGUUGAGCCAAAAGCCGACGGGUUCGGCAACCGGCCUCGAAACACGUCUGGCUCCAAGAGACCGCAAGGCCACGAACAGGUCAGGCGUCUUUCUGCAGCAGGCAUGCAGCAGCUGACCGAACCCGAGUCCCUGCCUGUCGCCGUUGUGUCGGACGAUGGAGCAGACCAUGGCCGGUCCCCGCGCAUCUCCCUGGCCGAGCAGAUCAAGAGCCUUCGCCAGUCGGCCCAUCAGUUGCCCGACAGCGCGAGGACAGGUCCCUUGACUGCUGAUAGCGGGCGAACAUCGCGUGCCUACGAACAAUGGAGACGACCGACCACAGGAAGAACCUUAUCCACGCCGCCUGGAAACCGAAAACAUGACCAGUCACGGACUUCACCUCCACGACGCAACUCGCUGAACCCCUCUCUCCGCCCUCCGCCGCUGAACCUUAAUCCAAAUGGCACCGCCGUCUUCUCAACACCCAAGACGACACCUCAGACGUAUCUAAGACCGCAGGCGGUAGAGCCGGCCAUGCCAUCACCAAUGCCGCCUUCCAUUCCCCUGCCUCCCAUGUCCAUCCCGACCCACCUUCAACUCGAGCUGUCAACGCAACGCCCGAGCCCCUUGUACAUUCACCACUCGCAUACGAAUGAUAUUCCCUACGAGUCUAAUGCCGUCAAGAUUGAGCGCCUCAAAAACGUUCUACUGAUUCCGUUUUACCUCGAGAGAACGCUCUCGUUCGGAACGCUAGCCUGUUUGGACGCCUGGCUUUACAACUUUACAAUCUUGCCUAUCCGAUUUUGCGUCGCCGUUGGCGUCUUGAUCCGAUGGUGGGUCUACGUAGUGGCCAGGGAAGCCAGAUGGAUAGCAAGUUAUGUUUGGAGUGGACUUGGUCGACUGUGGUCCCGAGGACGCCGGCCGUCUGUUCACGUACAAUGCGAUGAGUGCGAUGCCGUGCCGGGGACGCUCAGUCGUAGCCAAAGCCAGAGUCGAUUGAAGCGGGCUGCCAGCUCGCACGAUAAUCUGGCCACGGUCGCGGCCGCCGACAACCACAUGCCCGACACUGGUUCUAGAAUCCGUCUGAACAUGGAUGCCAAGGCUAAUGGCAAUGGUCAUCCCCUUGGUCGUACCCAUAGCCACCAGCACCACGGAUCGCAUGGCAGUCUCCGGCAUCGCAGGACGAAGUCGAUGCCGUCGAGUCUGACAUCCAUGCACAAGGCCGAUAUCCUGCAAGGUGCCAUCAUUCUUUUUAGCUCGGCUUUCCUGAUGAACCUGGAUGCGAGCCGAAUGUACCACGUGAUUCGAGGUCAAGACGCCAUCAAGCUCUACGUCAUUUACAAUGUGCUCGAGGUUGGGGACCGCCUACUGUCCGCCUUGGGCCAGGACAUCUUUGAAUGCUUGCUGAGCACUGAAGCGCUUUCACGCAACAAAUCGGGGCGCUCCAAGCUGCUGCUCCCCUUCGGACUGUUCCUUCUCGCUCUCGUCUACAACUGCAUACAUUCCGUUGCAUUGUAUUACCAGGUCAUUACGCUCAACGUGGCCGUCAACUCGUACUCCAACGCUCUGUUGACCUUGCUCCUGUCAAACCAAUUCGUCGAAGUCAAGAGCACCGUCUUCAAGCGUUUUGAAAAAGACAAUCUCUUCCAGUUGACUUGCGCAGACAUCACGGAAAGAUUCCAACUCUGGCUCAUGUUGUUCAUAAUUGGCAUGCGCAACGUUGUGGAGGUCGGUGGUCUCUCCAUCCCUGGAGCUGGUCUCAGCGGUGACUUGAAGGUGUCAAGUACCAAACCGCAGCACAGCCCCUUCAUUCUACCUCACAGCUUCACCGUCUUGCCAUCCUGGCUGUGGUCAGGCGAGGUCCUAUCACCAUUUCUCAUCGUCAUAGGAAGCGAGAUUCUGGUUGAUACCAUCAAGCAUGCGUAUAUCAACAAGUUCAACAAGAUCAGACCAACAUUUUACAGUAGAAUCCUCGACAUUCUGUGCAAGGAUUACUACACAAACGCAUUUGUCAGGCCUAGUCUGACUCGGCGCGUUGGACUUGCUACGCUGCCCUUGGCUUGCCUCUUCAUCAGGGCGUCUGUUCAGACAUAUCACAUGUUUGUCUCGACGCGAGUUGCAGCGCCCAUCAUCAGAUCAACGCAGACGUCUCUCUCAGAGGAGUCAGCCACUCCGUCUUCGCCUGCCAUGACGGCUGCGCUCGACCGACUGGACUCGCUUCUGCGGGACGCACUGGGUCGGGCAGUGUACGGGCAGCAAGCGAAUGGUUCCUCGAACGGCAAGGCCUCCUGGUUCUCCUGGUCGACCGACGAUGUCAUCGCUGCGGUGACCAUGCUUGUUGUGUUUUUCAUCGCUUUUUUGGUUCUGCUCGUUUUCAAGAUACUGCUCAGCAUGGUCCUUCUCCGCUACUCGAGGGAUCGGUAUGCGAAAAUGAAGAAGAAGGAGCAUCUUAUUGCUACCGCUCAGGCGGAGCCAGACUCAUAUGACGCAAAAGGAAAGCGGCUGGGUGGGUACGGGCAUGUGGAGAUUCCGGAUGAGAAGAAGCGAUGGAUCCAUGCCGAUAAGGACGAGGGCCUCGCUGGCAAGGGGCGGCCGGCGAAAUCCGAUAAACCACCCGAGGGUGAAUAUCACGGCGUUCAGCGGUAUGAAAUGGUUACGAAACGCAUUUGGUAG